UUCUCGCCGGAGAGAAUUGAAAGUUGCACAAUGGUGUGUUACAUGACCUGACUGAAAAGGUUUUGCUGGGCAAACCUUCAGUUUCGUAGUGUUGAGUAAGAUGACCGGUUGUCCAUCAUGUCUAUAGCAGCAGUCUUUGCCCGUCUGACACGAGUGGCUUUGAGUCGAGGAACAUUUAUUCAUAGCGGUGCAGCGACCGUGAGACUCCACAGUGUGCGGUCUCUAGCUCUGAGCUCUCAGCUGUCGUGCAAGUCCAAACAAUCUGCUGAUGAUGAGGAGGUGAAGAGCGAGCCCAUUAAGUUCUCGACCAGCAAAGCCAGCCACAGGACCUGGAGAGUCGACCGCUCAAUGGGGAGCCAGUACGAGCGUCCUAUGUGGAAAGUUGUGCCCAUCAGCCUGCUUGCCACCGCCUUCCUGUUGUGGUGCGCUUUCAGGGAUGAGACGGACAUUGACGCAGCUUUGGAGAAGCAGCUGCAUGAGCAUGUACCCAGCGUGCUUUCAAAUGAAGAGGAUACAACUAAAAAAUAAAGGCGCUUAUUGGAAUAUGUGGACAUAUGUUGUAUCAGGUUGUAUUUAUUGUGAAUUGUACUCUGUGGACCUGGAACACAAAGUCAAUGCUUUGUGUGGAAAUAAGGCCGUCCAUUGAUACAUGAAUGUCAUAAAUAUUCCAGUAACAGAUUAUUAGUUCAAACCUGGACUUAGAGGCCUCAGUUAAACUCAUUCAUCCUGGAGUCUAGUUUAACUCAGUUUUCAUCAGGGUCUGGUUUACUCUACAGCUGUUGCAGGCUUUUCUAUUUCACAUUUGCAGACUGUAUCCAGUUUCAAAAUGCUGUUCACAUUUGGCUUUAUUUACUUGUGAUGCAGGUUAUUACAUGAUGCUGUACGUCUUAAGUUUAAGAGCUAACAUUAAUUGGGAAAUACUCCUUUUAGCCAGUCAUGGCUUACAAUGUCAAUAAACUUGAACAACAGGCAUUUGCCAGUCUGUUCUGAAUCACUGUUUCAGAGUGCACAUGAUCACUUGAUGAACAUCCAACUUAUUAGAUCGAAGUUAUAGUGCAAAGAAGCCCUGGCAUUGAGCCAAUGGGUCUCUUAAAUUUGUACUUGUACCCAAGGUUGUCUGCAGUAAACUCGAGUCAGGGUGAGGUAGCGGAAAGUUUAUUUACAGCACAAUGAGAAAUCCUAUGACAUGCACACACAGGAUUAAAAAGAUACAGACCCUAAAAUACAUUUGCAGACCUGAGGAAGGAAGUGAGAUAUUCU